CGUCUUUCUAUGUCACUACGUAGCCUUGGUGGCCUACGUUGAACAUGAAGAUGCCAUUUCUAGCAAGGCCUUACCUCCUAUCAGCUGCCGUCAGACGUAUAUUACAUCCUCCAUCUGCCGGCAUGGCAACCAACGCUCCUGGCAAAGAUAGCCAACUCUUCGAAUACACUCGCGGACGCUUCCUCCUUGAUGAGGACAAGCAAAUGGCGCGUCGACGAGUGCAGUUCAGUCUAGAUGGGCUUGCAUCCGUCGCAGCGACGUCAGUUGGCGCUAAUCGCUGUGUUGACAUUGAGAAAUGCCCUGAUGGCUUGUACAAUAAGGCAUACCUACUUACCAUGGACAAUGGCAAGGAAGUUAUUGCCAAGAUUCCAAAUCCCAAUGCCGGCAUACCUUACUACACCACUGCGAGCGAAGUUGCAACAAUGGAAUUUGCGCGCAAUAUACUCCAGACCCCAGCGCCGCACGUAUACGCCUGGAAUGCCCGCGUUGACGAGAGGAAUUCUGUCGGGGCCGAAUAUAUAGUUAUGGAGAAGAUGCCAGGGGUUCCUCUCUCAAAGGUGUGGUGGGAUUUGCAGCCAAACAAGAAACUCAAGAUCCUUUUACAGGUUGUCGACUAUCAGAGGAGAUGGACCCACACCAAGUUUACUGGAUUUGGGAGUCUAUACUAUGCCAAAGAUGUCGACCCACGACGCCAGGAUCCGCUAUAUGUCAAGGAUGGGGAAGCCGUUACGGAUUCUCAGUUCGCGAUCGGCCCCUCUGUUGCGCGUGAAUGGAGUGAUGAAGGGCGGGUAAACAUCAAAUGUGAUAGGGGCCCAUGGGAUUCUAUCUUAAAUUACCGGGAAGCUAUUGGUCUUCGCGAAAUGGCGGCCAUCAAAGAACUUAACCAUGUGCCAAAACAGAUGGCAAUGGUGUACGGCCCUGCACCUUUAUACCAACCUACCGCGCAGAAAAAACUCGCAGCCCUAGGCUACUAUUUUCAGAUCCUGGAGUCUUUGCUGUGUGAGAAUGCUUUGCCAACCGAUGGUCAUCUAUGGCACAAUGAUCUACACCAUGAAAACAUUUUCGUGGACCCAGAAGAGUUGAAGGUUCUUGGCAUCAUUGACUGGCAAUCUGUUCAAAUAGCCCCCCUAUUUGACCAUUGCGUCGACCCUUGUUUUCUCGACUACAACGGCCCUGACGUAGGGGACAAUCUUGGGCGUCCAGCAAUGCCCGAAAGCAUCAAAUCAUUGCAAGGCGAGGAAAAGACUGCGGCACUCAAUGAAUUUCUGGACAAGGCACUCAUGAUUGCCUGGCGUAGCCUGGUUCGGAGCAAGAAUCCAGAACAGUAUCGCAUGAUCAGAUUUCAACAAUCCCCAAGUGCAAAUCUCCUCCAUCUUUCUCGCCGCAUAUUUGAACUCGGAGAAGCUCACUUCUGCGCACUACUGCUUGACUUGCAGGAUGAAUGGAGAGAAAAUUCUCAAUCCAACUCAAGCGCCCGUCGAUUCCCCCUCACGUUCUCGGAGCCUGAAACCAUUGAAAUCGAAGCGGACAUGCGACGUGCGGAUUUGGGCAUCAAGUUAAUGAAGGAUAUUGAGCGCGAUCUGAGAAAUCUAUGGCCUGAGAAAGGCGUCGUGGAACAUGAAAGCUACGAGCAAGUCAAGGCAUUGCUCAAAGAGCGAAAGGAGGAACUCAUCGCCCAGUAUUGCACUCUCCCAGGUUGGGAUACAGCUGUCUUUGAGCAACUCUGGCCAUUCGACGAUUGAGCCAAUGUGUCGAGCCGAAAGUUAGCGGUUAUGAUUAACUUACGGAAAAGGUCGAUGGAAAGCUAGCCUUGUUUGGACUAACUACUUCCAUUAUGCGCCGCUCACCUUUCUAAUGCACACUCGGCCUCGAAUGUGCUCAACCGCGCAAUAUUUCCCUUUUUGAAACCCGGAUUGUUGGUAUUGCAGAAAGUCUGGUACGGGUUUCAAGACUUUUUCUAGGAAUCCAGUGAUAAUUGCUGUCACUUGUUUUCCCUCCAAUGAUCUGCACAGUUUCUGUUCAAACCAUGGCGAUAAGCUGAUUGCACUUUCUAAUGCGUUGAGUCCAGAACGGAUUUGUCUUCUUGCAGAGCGCCAAGGCCGGCGGCGGCACUUAAGUUGUGAUCAUCUAUAUUUGGCAAUGCACAAAUAUGUAUGGACAAGCUGC